CGUGCGAACGCCCGCACGCGAACGCAACAGGCUGCGUCGUACCGUGGACCCGGAGAGGACGAGGACAAGGACUCGUACGCGGCUAGAAUCGCGUUCACGGGGAACUCGCGAAUCCUCGGACCAAUCUGUAUAGUCGUGGGCGCCUUGAUGCUCGCCCUCGGCGUGUUCCUCUGCAUGCUCACUAGAAGAGCGAGAAGAAGGGAACGCAGGGUCGGCUUCCAUUGCCCGCUUCAUGGGGACUUCUACCCGCAGAGUCCUGUGCAGGGUGCCAAGAAGCUCGGUGUCUCAAACAAGGACGUGAGCGGCUGGUCGAAGAUUCCUUGCCUCAAGGGACGUUCCUCGAGCAAAGGUGGAAGCGCGUCCACCGGUGCACACGUCGGCCCGCCGCAGUGCCCGCACUCCGUUCUCAGCAGCACUCGAAGUUCGGUGAGCAGUUCGCCGUUGAGCCCGUGUCCGACGCCAAUGCCAUUUUUGGUCACAUCGGGCUCGGUCAGUAGCGGGAUGGUGCAAAGCGUCGGUGCUAAUUUAUCCCCGGACCAAACGUUCGGAUCGAUCCGAUCGCUGUCGGUAACAAGAGAAGUCGCCAGCUUCCCUCUUUCUAGAACGCCUACGCCGCCCCCGCAGCACAGAACAGCGACGCUGACGAACCCGGAGGACUUGGUGAACGUGGGCAGUCCGUUGAGGGAGGCGUCGCCUCGACCGGAAGUGCGGGUGGUCGCGCCGUCGCAUCGGCCGCCUCCGAGCCUGGCUACCGUCAACAACGCUCAGAACACGGCUAGCCAUCAGGGGUCCGCGAAUCGUAAAUCGGUCAGCAUACUGCUUCCGGAGCACUCGAGCGGAUGACCCCAACAGCGGCACGGUUUCGUGCACCGCUGCGAAAAGGACCCGCCAUUGAUUUAGGUAUCCGUCAGGGGACUGGACGAAGGCAACGAUCACGGGACGAAACGCGACGAUUGCACGACGAACGGAAACGCUGCAGGUUCGUCGUGCGACCGGUCCUCCCGAUUCAGCGUCGGGGAAGCGUGAAAUGGCAAAUCGACGUGUCGAUCAUUACGGGCAUUCGAUCUUGGCAGCCAAUCGCGCGAGGAGGAGUUCAGCGACGUCAGGUCAGAGACGUCCACGACCGCGGGGGGGAGGGGGAGGGGAUUGUGAUCCGCGAUGGGCAUGGCGGGCUGAAUUUCGUUUUCACGUCAUUGGCAGAAAAUUCGAUCGUCGAUUCGUUCACGCUUAAACUCGAACGAACGUCGGACGGUGAACGCCGCCGCGGGAGCGACAGCCGGUAGACGACGACCGUUUGUCCAGCUUUCGUUCUGAUCGCCUUCGAGCCAGGCCGCUGUCCAUUCUUAUUUGCGUCGCUUCGCGUGCUUCGCCCGCCGGAAGGGCGAGUCGGGCCAUGGACAGGUUCGCGACAGGUUUAAAAUCGUAAAAGUUAUUCUACGCGAGAGAACCUGACCGUGUUUGAGAUCAGAGAAAACCCGAACCGGCAGAACCGGAAUAAUUUCCGUUCACUCGUUCAUUGCCGAAGCUUGUAAUCGACUGUCCCUGUCGAUCGCAGCAAACAGCUUGACUGUGUCGCGAGAUCUCACGGUACGCGUUAAACGACGAACGAGAGACCGAGCCGUUCGGGUUCCAUCGUCUGUUCGUCUUACCGGUAUCAGUUUUAUGAAGCUGUGGACGGCGCGAAACGGAAAUCGAGACGACGGCCUGGCUCGGUGUUUUCUGCGUUUUAUCGUUGCAAACUUUUCUCAUACCUUUUAUCGCACCAGAUCUGUGAUCGAACGGCAAAGAUAUUAUUAAUUUUGUCGUGAAACGCGAUGCGUUCAUCGUGUAGCUCGCGUUCAUUUUCAUUUCCAACGCGAGGCGACGACGGAUCGAUCGUGAGAUCGAUACGAAUCCACGAUUUUAGAUACGACAAUCAAUGAACCCCGAGGAAAAACAAUCGGAACCAAUCGUUGCGCUCUCUCCUAUUGGGAAUUGACAAAUUUACCGUGACCUCUCGUGGCGAGCAGUAGAAAUAGACGAGGCCAGGUGAAAGCAUUGUCUGGCAGAGCAAAUAAAAAUUCACAUCUUAGUUAUCAUCGCUUCCCUCGCGCAAACGAACGCUUUGUAAACAGGUAGAACAGGUUUGAAACAGGCUACUCUGAAAAAAUAGAUCUCUUCAAUGAAAAUUCUUUAGAAAUCAGCAACAUUACUAAAAGAACAAGAGUGUGCUCAUUUUAAAACAUCUGAUUAUUUAUUCGCAGGUAAAGUUUCUUUUUACAAAAAAGUGAGAUUGUCUUGUCACAUUUUGAUAUGAUAUUAUUGUGAACAUUCUUUGUUGUAGAUGUUCAAACAAGUAGAACGUAUUUAAGAAAAA